CCGCGAGAUAGCGCUGCUUUCUAUGCGCUGUCACCAAGGCAAACUUUUUCCUUGCGAAAUAAUGGUCAAUGGUAUUAUUUCGCACGGAGGCUCGCGAAAUUUUGACAGUUUUGAGAAUCAAUAUUUUGAAUUUGAAUGGCACACCCGAACAAAGCAGCCACAAGAGCAGCAUUUUUCGUCAGCAGCAGAAGCAGCAGCCAUCUAUCUACUUGAUAAGUUUUCAUCAACAACAACCAGAUGCUACAAAUCAGCUCAACAUCCUGGAUCAGGCAAUCAGCCAACCAACAUUAAAUCGAUACAACCGUAGCAGUACCAACAACUCCAAAUCCAGCAACAAUCUCUCAAAAAAGAACCACAGCAAUUACAGCUCAGAACCAACAAAGCAACAAGAGCUUUUUUUACGAAUAAUGGACCCAACGGACACACUUUAUCGGCACAUUCUGUCGUAA